AUGGAUAACACCUCUGAACUACCGCCAAACAUUACACCUCCUGGUUGGCAUCAACCGCUGUGGUACCAGUACGACAAAUGUGCCGUGGCUCCAUAUGCCUUCGUCUUUUACUACACUGUCAAAGUUUUCAACCUGGCCUUGGGCUUCCCCACCAACAUACUGGUGAUGUGGCACAUCACAACGCGCAAAAGUGAAAGCUCCACAUCCGACGUCUUUAUUUUCAACCUUGCCGCACUGGACGGCUUCUUCUGCCUGAUGACGCCCGUGGAACUGCUGAACCGGCUGUACCUGGACCAUUGGGGUGUCUGGUAUUUACAGCGGUUUGCCUACGGCAUGAAAGAUAUGGCACCGCUGUUCCUUACCUGCAUCUGCUUGGACAGGUACAUCGCCGUUGUGCACCCCAUUGUGUUCAUAAACAGCCGCGAUAACCGCAUGCGGACAGGCAUCUCAGCAUUCGUAUGGGCGCUGCUCUUGGUCUAUGCGCUCACUAAGAGCAUUCUGGGAGUACUGAGUGUGACCGAGGUGUUCAGCGGCCUCAUCGUUUCUGCCUUCUUCAUCAUGGUCUUCUGCAACCUGUCUAUCAUCUGGGUAUUGCGCAGGAGUGUUGCCGGCAAAGAGGUCAUGCACCCUGUGAAGAAGAAAGCCUUUAAAAUGGUGGUCAUCCUGCUGGCUAUCAUCGUGGUCAACUAUUUGCCGCCUGUGGCGCUCAUGCCAUUUGCCUCCACUUACACGUUCGUCCAGCUGAACUGCCAAAUCAGCGUCUCUGUCUUCUCCAUCAUGGACUUGAGCAGCACCAUUGAGCUGAUACUUUACAUCUCCAAGAUGGACAGGCUGAACUCCUACUCCUGUCUGAAGGGACCCGCAAAGAAACCAGUCGACAUCAGUGCGUAA